AUGCUCGUUCCUACCUCUGACAUCCCACACCUCCGCAAGACGGAAACUGGUCAGCAACUUAUUGUCAAUGGCCGGCCUUUCCUGUCGCUUGCUGGUGAGCUGCAGAAUUCCUCGUUGACUUCCGCGGAGUAUAUGGAUACUGUUUGGCAGAAGCUUGCUGAUACUCAUAUCAAUACUGUGCUGGGAUGUGUGACUUGGGAGGAUAUCGAGCCAGUCGAGGAUGAGUUCAACUUUACUGAAUUGGACAAGGUCAUCCUCGGUGCUAGGAAGCAUGGACUGCAUCUUGUGUUAUUGUGGUUUGGUUCUUUCAAAAAUGGUAUCUCUACAUACGUUCCUCCAUGGGUGAAAACAAACACCAAGCGGUUCCCUCGAGCGAAGCUACGCAAGGCCGGGGGUGUACUACAGACUGGUGACGUGCUGUCCAUCUUCCAUGGGGAAGGAUGCAAAGCGGAUACCAAAGCGUUCUCGCGCUUGCUGGCACAUCUCAAAGAAGUCGACGGGGCUCAUUCAACUGUGGUGAUGGUCCAAGUCGAGAACGAGACUGGCUUGCUAGGUGAUUCCCGUGACGGCUCUGUGGCAGCCGAGAAGCGGUUCCUCGAGCCUGUCCCAGAGGAUCUAGUGCAAUUCCUAGCGCAGGAUUGGGAAGCGCUCCAUGUUGACCUCAAAGGCAACUUGGAACAUUUCAAGACUCAGGCUAGUCCCCGUGGAACAUGGGAACAGGUCUUUGGCAAGAGCCCACAUACAGAUGAGCUCUUCAUGGCAUACCACUACGCCAAAUACAUCAACCAGGUUGCUGCGGCUGGCAAGAAAGAGUACCCUAUUCCGUUCUAUACGAACGUCUGGCAGAACUAUGUCGGCGAAGAUGGCGACAAUGAUUUCCCAGUCGUCGUUGGUGGUGGCGGCCAUCCGGGUGAUUACCCGUCUGGCGGCGGCACCAGCAACGUCCUUGAUAUCUGGCAGCAGUUCGCGCCAUCGCUGGACUUUGUUGCACCAGACGUCUAUCUAAACGACUACGCAACCUCGUGCCGCAAAUACCGACACCGGAACCAGCCACUCUUCAUACCCGAGCAGCGUCGCGAUGAAUACGGCGUCAGACGUAUUUGGGUCGCAUACGGAUCCUUCCAAGCAAUUGGAGUCUCCCCCUUCGGAAUCGACACACUGGAACCCAACACGAACCCAUUCACAAAGCACUACGGACUCCUAGAAUCAGUUUCCCAGAUCGUGUUGGAAGCUCAGACGCGGCCGAACUCCUCGGUUGGAUUCUUCUUCGACGAGCUGGCAGCUGACGGCUCGGAUUCUUCUAGUCCGGUCAUCAAGCACUGGGCCGGAUAUGAAAUCACCAUCGAGCGCUGCUUUGUCUUUGGCAAGGCCGGACCGGGCGCAGGUAUGGUCGUCCACCUCGGUGGAGGAAAAUUCCUUUUGAUCGGAUGGGGCUUCCAAGUCCGUGCACGCUCUUUGAGUCCCACGAGCAGCUUCACCGGCUUUUUGCGGUUCGAGGAGAAGAUCGUUGCUAACCAGAAGACUGGGGAGUUGCGGACUCUGCGCGUUCUGAAUGGCGAUGAGACUAGGAGUGGGAUCUUUGCUAUGAUGCCGAAUGAGGAACCUGAUUACGGUGGUUUCCCGAUUUGUGUUACUAUUCCCGCGCGCACGAUGAUCGCCGAAUUGGAGGUGUAUUCCGUUGAGGAGGCGGAUGACGUGUAG